AGACAAUGAAAUCUUAAAUUAAAGGGAAAGAUAGUUAAUGCCUUGCGGCUUGCAGAGUGCUGCUGGAUGCUGCUACUCUGAGUCGGAGUCGCACCCUCUCUUGGCGGUUCUUGAUAUCCUAUCCUCCUCUUCCUUUCGCCCUCGCCGUCGAUGUCUGAUCAGAGCCCCGACCCCCCGCCGCCGCCGGAGCCCGCGACCCGAGCCGUGGGCGGCACCGAGUACAGCUGGUGCAGGGCCGUCCCCGGCGGCACCGGCAUCACCGUCCUCGCCCUCCUCCUCGCCAAACCCCCCGACCUGUCCCUCCUCCGGAAUGCCCUCCACGACCUCCAGAAGUCGCACCCCAUGCUCCGCUCCAGGAUCCGCUUCGACCCCGUCGCCAACGCCUUCUCCUUCGUCAUCCCCUCGUCCCCGCACCUCGAGAUCACGCCCUUCGAUCUCUCCUCCACGUCCCGCAUCCUGAGCGGCGAGGACGGCGACGGCGCGGACGGCGCCGGGACGGCGCCGUUACACGUCAUCCUCGAGCACGAGAUGAACCGGAACGCGUGGCGCGGCUCCGGCGACGACGACGCCGACGCCGACGCGGACGUGUUCCACGCGAGUCUCUACCACCUGAGCGAGGACCGGUGGGCGCUGGCGCUCCGGCUCCACACGGCCGCGUGCGACCGGGCGGCGGCGGCGGCGCUGCUCCGGAAGCUGCUGCUGGCGGCGGCGGCGGAGGGGCGAAAUGGGGAGGAGCUGCAGGAGGAGGAGGAGGAGGCUUAUCUGGGGAUCGAGGAGCUGGUUCCUAGCGGGAAGGCGAACAAGCCGUUCUGGGCGCGUGGGAUGGACUUGCUGGGUUACUCGCUGAACUCGUUCAGGCUCGCGAACUUGGAGUUCGUGGAGGCGGAGCCGCCGAGGUGUUCUCGGAUGGUGAGGUUGAAGAUGAACAGAGACGACACUCAGAGGCUUGUCGCCGGAUGCAAGUCGAGAGAGAUCAAACUGUGCGGCGCUUUGGCAGCGGCCGCCCUGAUCGCGGCACAUGCCUCUAAGCAACCUGCCGAUAGUAAAUGGGAGAAAUAUGCUGUUGUCACCCUUGUCGACUGCCGUUCGUAUCUCGACCCACCUCUUUCUGUUCAACAGCCCGGGUUCUAUCACUCGGCCAUCCUCAACACGCACGAUGUAUGUGGAAGCGAAAAGCUAUGGGACCUGGCAAAGAGAACCUACACGGCCUUCGCGAACGCCAAAAGUUGGAACAAGCAUUUCACCGACAUGGCCGACCUCAACUUCCUCAUGUGCAAGGCCAUCGACAACCCAGGCCUCACCGUGUCUUCGUCCCUCAGAACAGCCUUUGUUUCUGUGUUUGAGGAUACCGUCGUCAACGAGUCGAAUCCACUGCACGAGGAGAUCGGAGUGGGAGACUACAUCGGGUGCGCCUCUGUACACGGCGUCGGCCCGUCUAUUGCGUUCUUCGACACCAUACGGGAUGGAGAGCUGGACUGCGCAUGCGUGUACCCGUCUCCUCUGCAUUCGAGGGAGCAGAUGCAAAAGCUGAUUGAUGAUAUGAAGAGAAUUCUUGCAGAAGCUGAUUGACAAUUGAUUGCAUCAUAUUAUGACUUGGUCCCUUACCCAAAAACCUGUCCAACAAGACUGGUACUCCAUUUCUCGAUGCCCUUAUCCAUGACCUCUUCAGGAGGCUUCAAAGCAUUCCUUCCAUUAACAGUUUGAGGCGCAUAGAACAUUAGCUGCCUGCGAGGACUGCCCAGUACCUCAGCAUCACUUCUCAAUCCAUUCAUCCAACACAACCGAGUCAAUUUGUUUAUCAAUAAGUUCAUAAUCAAUUGCCUCUUUGCCUUUCA